CUGAAGCCCGGUGGUCAGUUUGUCGCGACUGAUCUCUAUGAAGCGGGAGGCAUUCCGUUCUUGGCGAAACGUUUGGCAGAGGCAGGCUUGCUUCACACUGAUGAACUCACUGUCACGGGCAAGUCCAUCGGUGAAGAGGCAAACGCAGCCACCGAAACGGAGGGGCAGCAAGUCGUCAGACCUGUCGACGCACCACUCAAACCGACUGGCGGCUUUGCCAUUUUGAGAGGUAAUCUUGCGCCGGAUGGUUGUGUUAUUAAGUUAGCCGGUCAGGAUAAAAUGCUCCAUCGGGGUCCCGCCCGUAUUUUUGAUCGUGAGGAGGAUACUUUUGCCGCCAUCAAAGGCGGACAGAUCCAGCCCGGGGAUGUCGUCGUUAUCCGUUAUGAGGGACCCACCGGUGGUCCGGGUAUGCGUGAGAUGUUAGGCGUAACCGCAGCCCUCGUGGGGGCAGGCUUGAGUGAAGAUGUCGCUCUCUUAACCGACGGUAGAUUCUCUGGUGCGACACACGGUUUCAUGAUCUGCCAUGUCGCCCCUGAAGCGGCAAAAGGCGGUCCCAUCGCAAUCCUCCAAGAGGGGGACGAAAUCGUAAUUGAUGCCAAAGAACGACGACUCGACGUUGAGCUUUCCGACGCUGAAAUCCAAGAGCGCUUUGAGCAGUGGACUCCACCUGAGCCGCCCUAUGCGCGCGGAGUCAUGGCGAAGUAUGCCAAUUCAGUCUCCUCCGCCUCUGAAGGCGCUGUAACGGGAUAG